AUGUUGAUUAAUUUGAUGUAAUAAAUAUCAGAUAUAUAAUGUCAUGAACAUCUUGAAAAAAUACAAUUUUUAGAUUUAAGAUAAAAAAUAUUAAAAGGAGAAAGAGCUAAAUGUUGUAAAUGUUAAUUAUUUAAUCCAACUUAUAUUGAAUAAGCUUUAUAAGAAUGGAUGAAAAAAAAAUAAAAUGAAAUUUAACUAUUAGAAAAUGAAUAUUAAGGUUACCUCAUUCCUCUCAAAAUAUUUUAAGAGCAGAUGACUUAAAUUAAAAAAUAAUUUAUUUAAAAUAUUGAACAUUUAAUAAACUAGACUAAUUAGUUAAUUAAUGGAAUUAAUUAUGAUAAAAAUAACAAAAUAAAAACAUUGCAAAAUUAUGAUGAAAAAGUUACUUUGUCAAUUUUAUAAGAAAUGGCUUAAUUAAUAAGUGAAAGCAGUUCAAUUCUUAAAAGAUCUAAAUCAGAUAUGGAACUUUAUUAAAAAUUGAAACAAUUAAAUGAUCUUGCUAAAUAAAUAAGAACAGAAUAAGAAAAAUCUGUUGUGAAUAUUAUGAAGUAAUAGCAAUAAUUCAGGGAAAAAAUUGUUAAUUUUAAAGAAUUAUAUUUAAAAAAUACAUAAAAAUUUAGAUUUAAAGAAAUUAAAAACAUAAACAACGUAAAAUAAUAUGAAGUUUGUAGAGUAAUUACAUUCAAUAGAGAUGAUACAAUAAUGUUAGCAGGUUGUAACUUCAACAUAAAAGUAUGGAAUUUUAAUAAUGGAAGAAUCAAAGAAGAUUAAACAUUAAUUGGUCAUGUUGAUGAUGUAAUAUCUUUAACAUUCAGUUUGAAUUAAAAUCUAUUUGUAUCAGGAGGCAGUUGGAAGGACAAAAAAAUAAUUAUUUGGAUUAAAUCAAUUGAUAAAUGGAAAAUAUCAUAGAUAUUAGAUUCUCAUUAAGGUUUUGUUCCAUAGUUAUUACUUAAUUAAAAUGACAGUGAAUUAAUUUCAUGCAGUUAAGAUAAAAAGAUAAUUAUUUGGAAUUAUCAAACUAUUGAUAAUCUAUGGAAAUUAAAGUAAGAACUUACAAAUCAUAAAGAUAUAAUAUAUGGGAUAAGUUUAAGUUCAACUGAAAAUUGCUUAAUAUCUUGUAGUUAAGAUUAAUCAGUAAUUGUUUGGAAAAAACGAAAUAAUAUUUGGGAAUAGUUCUAAUAAAUAAAACAUAAUUAUUAUGCUUUUAGAAUAUCAUUUCUUGAUGAUGACUCUUUUAUAUUUUAAUUGAACAUAGAAGGUUUUUUAAGACUUUAUUAAUAAAAAUAGGAUGGAGAAUUCUAAGAAAAUAUUGAAAUGAGAAUGUAUGUUUAGGAUUUAGAGGAUCCUUGGCUACUUUUUCCAUCUGUUUAUAAUAUCGAGAAAAAAAUACUUAUAUAAAAAUAAAAUAAAUUUGUGAAUAUUUUUAUUAAUUAAGGUAAUGGAAUGUUAAUUAAAGGGGAUACUAUAUAAUGCUAAAGUCAUUAAAAUAAUGGAGGCCUUUCUAAAAAUGGAAGAUUUGUUGUAAUUUGGGAUAGCUCACCAAUUAUGGAAGGUGAUGGGGUUAUAAAAAUCUUUGAAAUAUUAUAUUAAAAUAUAGUAUGA